AGCAACACCAUGCAUUGACGAAGUACUAGAUUCCGUCUGACAGUCUCCUCCGACGGAAGUGACCGAAACAGGCUUCGAAUUUGACAGUUCGAACCUUUUCUCUCUCUUUUUCCGGCAUCGUGUAUGCUAGUGGACACAUUUCGUUUGAGCUAGAUCACAAUGGCCGAUACAGCUAAGAAACCAGCCCCCAAGAAGGCAGUCGGCAAGGUCGCCAAGACCGCCGCUCCAGCCCCAGUUGGACCCAAGGGUGUGAAGAAGUCGCAAACCAAGGAAGCUAUCCUGGCCCGUACUCAUAAGCCAAAGGGACAGCGCGUUGCCAAGCCUGCUCUGCCUUACCAGAAGAAGAGCUAUGGUCGCCUGUGGGCAAAGGCCGUCUUCACCGGAUACAAGCGUGGGCUGCGAAACCAGCACGAAAGUCAUGCCAUCUUGAAGGUGGAAGGAUGCCGCAACCGCAAGAACGCUCUGUUCUACAUCGGCAAACGGUGCGUCUAUGUGUACCGUGGAAAGGCCAAGCUCAACGCUCCGGGAGCCGCGGUAAAGAAGACCAACAUCCGCGCUAUCUGGGGCAAGAUCACUCGCUCGCACGGUAACACCGGAAGCGUGAGGGCUCGCUUCAAGACCAACCUGCCUGGACACGCCAUGGGACACCGCAUCCGGAUCAUGCUGUACCCAUCCCGAAUUUAAGAUAAGACGAACUUACUGUGUAAAUUUGCAAAAAUAAAAGAAAUGAGGGGAUAAUUCUAGCAAAAA